ACAGUAUUACAAAUUAAUGUUCAAUUUAAUUACCCGCACAAUGUGGACAAUAAAUAUAGUUUAAGGCAAUUAGGAGAACGUUAUAUUUAAUAUUUUUUUUUACAAAAUAUGAAGUAGGGUACUUUAACAUGAUGGAACACAACGCGUUUUUAUGACUUUUUAACAAAUCCAUUUAAUGAUAAAAAAGAACGAGGCAAACGGUAAUUUAAUGUUGUUUCAAAUAAAAAACUUGUUUACAAUAAUCGUAUGGUGUCAUUACAUAUCAGUCUCGACAAAUUAAAUGCGUUAAGUACGUUGAGAAAUAAUUAACAUAUGCAUAUUAUGUAGUUAGUUACUUAUUAAACAUGGUCACAAAACAAUCUACAUACGAAACAUAAAUAUACAUGUAUGUACAGGAAAAUUAUUUAUUACAAAAAAUAUAUAUAGAACUCUAUAAAUCACAGACAUUUCAUUUUUUUAAAAUAGUAUGUACAUAUUUGACAAUAAAAAUUAUUACCAUCUUCAGGGAAUGAAAAUUUCUAAAGAAUACGUACAUAUUAGGUAUCGAAUUUUAAGUACCUACCCUAAAUACAGUAUUAUCAAAAUUAUGAUACCGUGCUUAACAAUAAUUGUUUCGCCUUUACAAUGCCCUGCAGUUAUUAAAUAAAAUAUAAAUUGACAUCAUUAAAUAUGCACUGUGACAUUUUUCAUAGCGUUUUCUAGGUCAUGAUCAAUAUAUUUUUCUAUUAAAAAUGGUAACGGAUAGUUUCAAAAAGUGAUAUACAUAAAUAGAAGGGAGAGAAGCUAAUAUGAGUGGACUGAUUGCGUGAAAAAGUUAAUGUAAGAAGUACAUAUUUAUUAAGUUUCACAGAAUUAUAAUACUAGCUCAGUAAUUGUUGAAACAUAUGUCUAAAAUGAAUCUUGAAACAUGAACAAAUACUCAUGCUUUUCACAGUUUAUUUUGAACAAAAAGAAUGAGAAUAUUGAUGAGAUUUCAUGGUCGUGCUGUUUUAGGAAGUUGAAUGGAUAAAUUCUAGGAAAUGUAACUGACAAUAUUGAAUAAGUUACACGUUUUGUCGUUUUUUCUACAUGGAUUCUCAGUUGUUUCUUUUUAUUAUUUAAAAAAUCUUUUUAAUGGAUUAUUGACUUCAUGACCGCGAUCGUUCAAUCAUUAUAAGGGAGAUAUUAUAUGUGUUUCGAAAAUGAUUCAUUCUCUAUUAUUUUUCGUAAUAGAGCGUGUAGGAUGAUCGCAUAUAGCAUGUUUUCCAAAAAUAACUAUUAUUUCACUUGUUUUGUCAAGUUUAUUCUUCCUUUAAUUUUUCGGAAAAUUUUGACCACUUUACAGGAAUGUAAUGAAGAUAUCGUGGACUUACGUAAUAGUUAUUCUAUUUGUGCAUUUUUUUGCAUAUGAGAAAGCAGCGCAUUGUCUUCAUAAAACUUAGUCAUACAAGUUCAUAAAAAUAUUGGCUGCAGAAGGCCUUUCUUCCUCCAUCGCCUCGUAAGUGAGUAUUUUAACCACCACAGCUUCAAUUGUGCAUAGUAAGAAUAAUCCCAUAAACAAUGUGAAAUGCGAGUCCGGAUUCAUCCUGUAGGUACCAACGGGAUAGUCGUAUUUCACACCUGCUUGAGGUUCGAAGCCGUUCACACCACAUCCGCAAAACAAAAACAGAAGCAACAUAAUAUCACGUCACUGAAUACAUUUACAGGAAUCGUUACAGGUACACAUGGCUAUUUAUGUAGGUACGUUUCAGAAGAAGAACAACAAGAUAAUGAAUGAGUAAACUGGACCCUUGGGGGCCUCUUUUAAGAUGCAAAAAUAAUCCGAUCUACGACGACAGAGAUCUCUUGAAUAACUGCCGCGGCGAGUGUUCUCGUGACCGAAAGUAAGAGUUGUAAAAUUAUGCAAUUAAAACUUUCUCGUUCCGCAAGUAGGAUGAAUAAUAGGAACAGUUAUGUCACGAAUGACAAGUAGACUGUGGAAAAUUAAGGGUCAUUCACCGUGGCACUGUAAUGUUUGUGGAGCACAGUUUCGAUCCAUUGAAGGAGUUUUAGAUGUUGGAAAAGUUGUAGCCUGUGCAAAAUGCGGUUCAAAAGUUUGUCGAUUUCGAUGUGCACGAAAAAAUAUUCGACUUGGGUGGAUAUGCCGUUUAUGCCAACAGCCCGAGAAUUGGCUCAAGAAUUUAUUUUCAUCGAUAAUUAAUCGUUCCGCCCGAGAUAGUUCUCUCCAAGGCGACAUGGAAAACAGUCGUUUUGAAGAGAUAGACGAAGAUCUGGAACUGCUCAGAAAAAAGGAAAAGGAGCAUGUUCGGGAUUUCAUCGAAAGAAUAGUGGAAGCUAUGCUGGGCAGUAACGUAGAUAAUGUCAGUGUUGCAAAAUUGUACAAUGAUAAAUCGUAUGAUCUAAUGUUCAGCAAAUACCAUGCGGAUCUCAGCAAUGCUCUAACAGAAUUAGGUUCGGCCCUACAUUUAUCCAUUGCCAAUUUACCCAUUGUAGGCCAAUCGCCAUGUUCUGCUCAUGCCAUUGUCAAACAAAUCAUUCAAAGAGUUAUUCAAGAAGCGAUAGAUCUUCCAACGCUUUCGAAAGCUCACACUCAUCCUGCUAUCCCUGAAGACACAACUGAUCGUUCGUACGAGGAUUUACUAGCCACCGCAAUUUUAAAUAAAGUGGUACAAAGUUACCAAGAUGAGUUGCCUACGUCUUCUAGAAAUAGUGCAUCUAGUCGAUUAUCUACUUCAUCAAAACAAAGCAAUACUAACAAGGAAUACUUUUUUGGAGAAGAAAAUUUGAGUUCUAAAUGGAAAAAUAAUCCCCUUUCAAACGACACCGAAUCUACUGUUAGUUUAGAAGAAUGGGUACAGUCUAGUCCAGGAUCACUGAAUCGUAUCGACCAAAUAGAGAUACGCCAAGAAAUCGAAGAAGUAUCGUCAUCAGAUGAUGAAGAACCUCAAUACAUCCGUACAGAUUCCUUAUUGAAAGUCAACGGCUACUCAGACGAGUGGCACGAAAAUUGGAUGAUGCAGAAAAGAAGACUUAAUGGUACAGCUUCGCCUGUACCUGUGCCCAUGUUGGUUCCAAAUCCUAACACGGAAGCCAAAGUUAAAAUAGGUGAUAAAGAAGCGGAUGAGACCUCAGAUUUAUCGGAUGUAGGAUCGGAUUUUGGUGACAUGGAGUCAUCGCAAGAUAUUAAAUCGAUUUUGAUCGAUUCAAAGACAGUGAUUGGCGGCAAGAACUUGCUGGACAAGAUCAAUUUGUCGGUCGACAGUGUCUCUGAAGACGAGAGUACGGAUGUAUCCGAUAUGAGAGAAGAAAAAGAAGAUGUGAUCAAAAGAUUUGUUGCCAAUGGUGAUAAAGACGAAGAUCUAAAUGUGCCAAAAUCAGUUACUCCAGAAUCAGGUACGGAACACUACAAUUACAACGGCUUCACUUCUUUGGAAAGUAAUGUCGAAAAAGAUACAGAAUAUACCGAAAGAUAUGCGUCACUUCCCAGAACUGUAGAAAAAAUUCCGGAAGUACAGAAAAGUAAUGGUGCUAAACAGAAAACUUUAUCAGAUCAAAGUAAAGUGCUUCAUUCGCAGCAGAAUGGCAAAGUGCUCGAAGAAAACAACAAUGAAAUGAAUCAAUGUUCAUUCAAUGGGGUGCAAAGGAAAAAUGGUGUUGAGGAAGACAGAUCUGAAAUGUUUAAAGGAAGUUACGCGGAAAGAGAGAAAAAUAAAUGGUAUCAACAAGCUGUUGAACUUAAAAACAACCCUUAUUCCGAAGAAAACCUCCAACGACGAUUAAGUACACAAUCCACUAACAGCUCAAGCUCAUUGUUUGGCAGAGAAUAUUACAUCAAGCAAGCUGCAAGAUCAGCUGGUGCUAGCAAACCAAAAAAGGAGAAAAUAUCUAACGAACAUCAGUUUUCCUCGCCUGAGCGUAAUUCAGAAGAAAACGGCGAAGUUUAUCAGAACGGUUUUUCUUUGCAAUCGCCUAAUCAUAAUGUCGAUCAGUUAUUCGAAAACAUAACUGAGACUGACUGCCAUUCAUCUGAGUCGGUACGAACUUCAGAAGUUCAAUCAAAUGAAAUUUCAUCCGAGGUACUGUACAAAUCUUCAUUCACAAAGAUCGUUAACGAAACAUUUUUACUUCAAACACAGACUAUAAAUGAACCAAUUUCAAUUCCGGUCGAAGCAAAAAACACAGAAGUUUUAGUAAAAUUUGAAAAUGGCAAUGAAAAAGUCUCCUCAGCACGGCCUACUUCUUUAGAAAUAUCAAGCGAUUCUGAUAGAAGUCUAGAAAGGGUUUAUAAUGUAGAAACCGGGAAAGUAAUGGUUAGAGUAGGAGAUCGGAUAAAAGAAUUAGAAGAAGAAACCAAAAGUCCAAGGGGGAUUAAGUAUACAUCGAAACCAUUCGAUUCUAAAGAAGCAACCGUUGUUGAUGAAAACCAGAACAUAUCAGAAGAACCAAAAGCGUUCCUAAUGACGGAAAAAGACCAAACUGAUAAUAAACACGUGCCAUAUAAAAAGCCAGAAAAACAUAAGAUACGUAAACAACUAUACACCCACUUUUUAAGUCACUCUCCCACUAGUUCGGGACCCAAAAUAGCAGACGAAUUACAUAUAGAAGGUGAUAAGAACGACAGUGUAACAAAAGCCAUUUCAUAUCCCGUUUUGGAUUCUAAAUCGCCCCCUCCUGUUUCACCUCAUCCUUUAUCAAACGGCGAUGUGAAAGAAUUUAGUUUAGAGUACUCAACGGAUAACGAAAGCUACAAUUCCGUCAUAUCUGAAAAAUCUCCCGAAAAAAGUCACAGUUUAAAUUUAACUAAAACUCACAGUUCGCCGGAAACUGAUACGGAAAUUUCAGAAAUAAGAAGCAAAAAAUUAGUAAAAAAUUUACUCGGUGAAUUUUCAAAAGUACGAGAAUACAGAGAAAGAAAUGACAUUCCAAAGAGAAACAGUUUAAUCGACGAUGAGGUAAAAGUGGAAGAAGCAAACGUAGUGCAAAAUAAAGAGGAAAACACUGAGGAACAACAUCAUCAUCAUCAUCAUAGUGUCAGUGGUGACGUACCGAUGCAUGAGGUUUCUGACAUCAACGAAAAUACAGAAAAAAAAAUUGAAAGUAAUGAAAAUGGUAUUGAAGCGACGUGUCAAAGGAACGGACAUGUGGAUGAAUUGGAACAACGAAGUGCAGAGGUAAUCGAGACCCAGGAGAACGAUUCAUUAUCUACCGAAGAAGUGACAGUACCUUCUGUACAAUAUUUGAAGAAAAUCUUUGAUAAAAAUACCGUUCACACGAAAUUGCUUUCCAAAGCCGAAAGUAAUAAGCCCGUGUACUCAUUAACAGCAAGAAGUAUACCAAUUGAAGUCAGACAAGAAUUAAAAAAAAGUGCAGCAACCGAUCUCUCCACUAAGGCAGAGUUAAUUAAAGAAGAAGCAAGUGUCAGUGAGAUACCGGAUUCAUCAAUAGGAUCCCUGGAUGAAGUUGAAGACGUGUCAUUUCCAAAAGCCAUAUCAAAAAUUCAAUUUUUUGAAUCAUUAAAAAAAUGAUACGAAGUAUAUUUAUUAACCAUUCAUUUAAUUCAAUAUUCCAAAGAUAAUUUAAGAGUGAAUUUAUAAAUUAAAUAUUUUUUAUACCUUUUCUCAGCUGCAUUUGCCGCUGUACUUUUACUAUGAAAAGUGAAUGCCUUUACUAUUAAAUGCAUGUAAUAACCUGUAAAAAUAAAUUUUUGUAAAAAAUAUUCAGUAUUAUACAUACAUAUAGAUAUUUAUAAACACCUAUGUAAUUGUAACUUACAUAAUAAAGUCAUCUACAUCCAUUGUU